CUUGCAAUAUCACUGACUAGCUCAGACGUGCGCAAAGCUCUUUCCAAUCGACGGUUCAAGUAAUUUACGACAGAUUUUGGCUAAAGGAUUUGAGGUAGAAAUGUUUCACCAAUUUCAGAAAUACCGCAACAGGAUGAUGGGACUCCAGGCAAGAACGGGAGUCUGGCAAAACCCCCAAGGCAGCUUCGCUCUUGCACACUUGGAUAUUUUACACGGGGAAACCCAAAGACUGGACUCCAGUCUGGAAAUGGAGAGCGCCAGAUUAGAAGACCUGGGAGCUGAAAAGGACGACAUGUUUUUAGAAAUGUCCCAAAAGAUUGCGUCCCUGCAAGACAACGAGAAACGUCUGCAGGAAGAAUUGGCUCGGCUCAGACAUUCAUACAAUGAACUCAACUCUAAAUAUCAUAGUGAAGUUUCUGGAUUACAGCAAGACGUGGAGAGAUAUCAGCAGGAGGCGAGUCGUGAGAAAGACGCCAAUGUAGAGAGAGAGAGAGAGAACCUGCAGCUUGUCAACAAUCUCAGAGCUGAGAAGGAAGAGCUAUUCCGAAAAAUGGCAAGAAAGAUUAUAAUUCUGCGACACAGGGACAGGCAGAUGUUCCAUGAACUGGAUCGGGUUCAUGUUUCACAUGAGGAGCUAAAAUCUAGACAUAGAACAGACGUAAUGGAGUUACAGCAGCAGAUUGAGACCUACCAGCAAAAGAUAAAGCAGGAUCAAAUGGCUCUUUUACAAAGACAAAAGGCGGAGAAGCUUAUAUGGGACAUAAACCGAUCUGCACUGCAACAUAUCGAAAAACUUCAGCAGCAAGAAGAGAAAUAUCAGCAGGAGAUCAGAUGUUUGAAAAAUGAUUUACAAAGAGCGAAAGAGGAUCUCCUGCUGCCCAACACACUGAGACCUGAGGAAAAUGAUAUACAACAAAAAGACAUCACAGAUUCCCAAGAUGAGGAGGACGGCUCACAGGACCAAGUGGACCCGGUUGAUGGCUUAAGUCAAGAGGAUUCUCCAGAGGUGAAAAUGUCAGGAGAAACUUUAUCAGGUUGUUCCAACGAUCCGGAAUCCUCAGAAGAGACAGAGAUCACCCGAGAAACCGUCCUGGAGGAUUUGGACAAUCUGGAUGCCAUGCAGGACGAUGCCUCUGAAUGUUCUUGAAGCUGUUCUCCAGGAGGUGAUACCAGCACAGGGAGACUCAGCUUACCUCACCUUGGCAUUGACCUGCAAGUGCUUUGAAGCCGUUGAGUCUGAGUCAGUUUUCAGGAAGAAGACUCACUUUGCUUGGCUGGAUGGUGAGAUCAACUGGGGCAAAUUUUCAAAAACAUUCAAGGCAGAAAAUCGGAUUCCUUUUGCGGUUGUAACAUGUUCCUCCUGCAACCGGUAAUAUAAAGACUGUGGGCUUCACCAGAAAUGGAAGACAAGGAGAGUACCCUGGUUACUACUGUGAUGGCCGACCUGGACAUUGCACUGACUGUCAAUACUGAAUGCAAGGAGAAUAUUAGUUGCUUUCCACAGUCUUUCACACAUUUCAGUUGUCACACAUUGUUUUGUUUUUUUUUAUUGUUUUUUUUUAGUGACAUGCCAUUUUAAAUCAUUUCUGCUGAAGAAUAUUUGACGUGUGCAGUCAUCCUUUUUAAUAAUGUGUUCUUUCAAUAUUAUUUACAUUUUUGAAUGUUCCUUUUGUUGUAGCUCAGUUGAUUUGUAUUAUUUAGUUUUCAUAGAAAUGGUGUCAUUUCCACACAAAGUUACAUUGUGGCUGUAAUUUGUUGGAGAGAGUAGAACCAAUAAACUAGUUGUAAAUACAGUAUAUUUUAACAGCAUUGUUUAACAAUUGGAACCAGAAACCUUGUUUUAGAAAUUUUAAAUGCAAGCAAAGCUAAUAACUAGCAAUAUUUUAUAUGUGUAAAUACAAUGUUUCCUACACUUUUUGAACAAUGACUGGAAUCAGUACAAAUUUUCUUUACAAACCUGACAUACAGCUAAGUUUAUGUUUUAACAGAAUCAACUGUUGGGGUUUUUUGUAAUAAAGCAAGCACAUACAGAAACAUAUUGUUCGGCUAAAAAGUCAUAAUAUAAACAUAAGACUAAAGGUAUCCUGACUUUAUGAAGAGAUGAGCCCGGCGCCGUUAGGCUGGGAUGGAGACACAUGAUCAGGUGAUUGGCUGAGCAGAUGAGAUGAAGACAGUUAUAGUUAGAAAUUACACUUUGGUUUAAUUUAUGUAACCAGUGACUUGAUUCAAAAAGGUUUUCAUAUAGAAAAAAGAUCAUUCUCUCUGGCAGUUACCAGCGCAGUGUCUACUGCCGG